AUGUUCAAUCUUUUUUUAGCUGUUUCCCCAGAGAUCUUUAUCAUUAAUGCAACCUCCAUUUUGCUCAUUCAUGGAGUUGUAUUUAGUACCUCUAAGAAAUAUGAUUAUCCACCGUUAGUCAGUAAUGUGGGUUGGCUUGGAUUACUUAGUGUUACUAUUGCCCAUUUAUUCCGGAAUAAUCUUUUUAGGAGGGACAAUUUUACAUAUUUCUGCCAAAUCCUUCUAUUAUUAAGUACGGCUGGUACCAUUUCGAUGUGUUUCGAUUCUUCCGAACAAGAGAGGUUUGAUGCUUUUGAAUUCAUUGUAUUAAUUCCACUUCCUACUCGCAGUAUGCUCUUUAUGAUCUCGGCUCAUGAUUCAAUUGCCAUGUAUUUAGCUAUUGAGCCUCAAAGUUUAUGUUUUUAUGUGAUGGCAGCAUCAAAAAGAAAGUCUGAAUUUUCCACGGAAGCCGGCUCGAAAUAUUUGAUCUUAGGUGCAUUUUCCUCUGGAAUCUUACUGUUUGGGUACGACCGGACAACUACCGAUAUCUAA